GGAGAGAAGUCUCCACCUAUUAGAAGACAACCCCUUCUCUCACCAUUUUCAUUCUUCUCUCUUUCAUUCUCUCUCACCAUUCAUUCAUUCAUUCAUUCUACUCUGCACCUGCUCCCACUUUCCUCAUUCUCUUUCCAACUCAUCCUGGUUUCUGCUCAGAUUCUGGUACUUUAUUUUCCCUUUACAGCAUAUCACUCAAGACCCCUCUGGGAGUGGAACUUGAUGUGAUCAUUGAUAUUGGGGAAUAAGACCUUGUUGAUUUUGCAAAUGCUAAAUUUUGCCAGGUCCAGAAGUCAGCCGAGGGCAACUAGAGCUAUGUCAUUAGGAGGCAUGGACUAUGUGGAUCCAAAAAGGAAGGGCAAUGUUGCUGGAAAAGUUUUUCUCGUUGCAGUAUUAACGGCAUUAUGCAUUUUGAUAAUCAAGAAAUCUCCAUCUUUUACUUCUCCUAGUCCGUUUUCUGUCUCUGAACCAGGGGUCACUCAUGUAUUAGUGACAGGAGGUGCAGGCUACAUCGGCUCACAUGCUACCUUACGGCUACUGAAGGAGUCUUACCGUGUCACCAUAGUAGAUAAUCUGUCACGAGGAAAUUUAGGUGCCGUCAGGGUUCUUCAAAACCUAUUUCCAGAACCUGGAAGGCUUCAAUUUAUACAUGCUGACUUGGGAGAUUCGAAAUCUGUUAAUAAAAUCUUUUCAGAGAAUAAAUUUGAUGCUGUGAUGCACUUCGCUGCUGUUGCAUAUGUGGGAGAAAGCACACUUCACCCUCUUAAGUAUUAUCACAAUAUUACAUCAAAUACCUUGUUGGUAUUGGAGUCUAUGGCUAAAUAUGGUGUGAAGACGUUGAUAUAUUCUAGUACAUGUGCAACAUACGGGGAACCGGAAAAGAUGCCCAUUACAGAAGAAACGGAACAGAAACCAAUUAAUCCAUAUGGAAAAGCCAAGAAGAUGGCAGAAGAUAUCAUCCUUGAUUUUUCUAAAAAUUCUAAGAUGGCCGUAAUGAUUCUGAGAUAUUUCAAUGUGAUUGGAUCAGACCCUGAGGGCAGAUUAGGUGAAGCACCGAGACCUGAACUUCGAGAGCAUGGUCGAAUUUCAGGCGCUUGCUUUGAUGCAGCUCGUGGCAUUACAUCUGGCUUAAAGGUUAAAGGAACAGACUAUAACACCCCUGAUGGAACAUGCGUUCGAGAUUAUAUUGAUGUAACUGACCUGGUUGAUGCUCACGUCAAAGCUCUUGAAAAGGCACAACCUGGUCAAGUUGGGAUCUACAAUGUUGGCACUGGAAAAGGUAGAUCAGUGAAGGAGUUUGUGGAUGCUUGUAAAAAGGCCACAGGGGUGAACAUCAAAGUAGACUUCCUUCCCCGCAGGCCCGGUGAUUACGCUGAGGUUUAUAGCGACCCGGCUAAGAUCAGACGUGAACUGAAUUGGACUGCACAACACACUGACCUUCAAAAGAGCAUACAAGUUGCAUGGAAAUGGCAGAAAUCGCGCCCUGAUGGUUAUGGUGUAUCAUCUGCAAUCUGAAGUUUUCUGUGCUGCUCUCAUACAUCAUGGGGCUGAGGAUUUUUUGGUUCUUAGGGAGUUAGUAGUUCAUUCAUUAUACUUAUAUGUAUUCAACAUCUAAUCAUUCAAUAAUAUAAUGCCUAGGCUCUGGUAUAGUUUUCCUAGAUCUUUUGAUUCUUCCAUUCUAAAUAAACAUAAGGCAUUUACCUCC